UUUUUUUACAUAACCUAUUAAAAAAAGUAAUACAAUUAAAUGUCAUUGUUAACAUAACCUAGACGUGUUCUUAAAAGUUUACCUUUAAAAGAUUUCUCGUAAAUCAUUUAAAGAAUAUCCAAACUUUUAGUGUUUUUACACGCGUUUUUGCGUAGCUAGGUAACAAACAUUUAUAUUUCUUGUAAGAAACAUUUAUCAACAAAAAAAUCUUAAUCAAAAACAUAACCUAAUUCACACAAUCAUCAAAUUUACUUUCUGAUGCCAAAUAAAAAAUCCAAAAAAAACAAGAAGUCAAUCUCGACGAAAUCUACCAAACCAACACAACAAGAAGAAAUGGCGAUCAUUAUCAACGGUGAAGACGAUAAUAAUUUACAACCAACCCCUCUAACCGCUUUUAACGUCCCCGAAAAAAUUAUUUUAGUUAUCGAUCGUGCGUGCGAUGAAGUAUUUAGUUACUUUGAAUUAAACAAUGGUACAAAAUAUCGCCCCUUGCAGAUGUUAAAGAACGCAUUCACCAUUUUCGUGCACAACAAGAACUUUAUAAAUAAAAAACACGAAUUUGCUUUGAUGGUGUUAAAUGAGAGUGAUGUUUCUUGGGUGUUGGACUUCACAAGCGAUAUUCAAAAAGUGUCCGAGGCGAUUGAUAACUUGGAAGAAUGUGAAACGGAGGAUAUUUUCGAUUUAAAUUCCCUUUUUAAUGUUAUUGACGAGAAAGUUCAAUAUCCAACACUGCUUUCGGAUGAUUUGGUCAUCCCACCACAAUUUAUUGUUAGAGUAGUUUUAAGUUAUGCCAGAUCGUUUACCAUGCCAAGUUUUACUCGCACAGAAAGAGUUAAUGAAAUGUUAAAUUGGCCUUAUUUUUUUAUUGAUGUUGUUAUGACGCAUGAAAUUCCCGAUACUAGUAAUAAAUGCGAACUUAUUUUCAAGAAAUUGGAAGGUUUAAAUAUUGAUGGAAAAGGUUAUUUGUAUUAUGUUGAUAGAAAUCCAUCUAAAUUGUAUUACUCUAUGGGAAAAAUAUGCGGACAUCCUUAUCAAAGGUCAUUACAAAAAACUAACUUAUAAACAAAAUGAAUUUUGUUUGGUACAAAUAAAUUAAAC